AUAUUAACCAAUUUUAUUCAAGAAUUUUACAACAGUUGCAAAACUGCUUUUCCUGUUGAACGCAGCUAUGUGUCCGAGCACGCAGCACUCAGCAGCUACUGCCACGCCACUCAGUCUGCUGUGAUAUUUCCGUACGGAUGCAUUUGUGACAGAAGUUAGGUUACAAUUUCAAAAAAUCGUAAUAUAAAAUCAUGAGGACAUACAAGAGAAAGACAAAUAAGGGAAAUAUUCCAAAGAGCAUUAUAGAAUUUGCGUGUAAAGAAGUAAUUUUAGACAAAAAAAGUGUUCGUUCAUCAGCAGCAAAAUAUAAUAUCUCAUUUAAAACCUUACACCGAUAUGUUAAUAAAUUAAAAGCUGCAGGAAAAGAUAUUAGUCAAGUAUCGAAUAUUCAAUUUACUCAUGUAGGUUACGGCAAAAGUCAUCAAAUUUUUAAUGAUACAGAAGAAAUCGCUUUAGUGGAAUAUAUUAAAAGAAUAGCAGAUAUUUAUUAUGAUAUAACACCCAAAGAAGUAAGGAAAUUGGCUUAUCAAUUUGCAAUAAAAAACGGAAGUAAAAUACGAGAUUCUUGGAAUGAAAAUAAAAUGGCAGGUGAAGAUUGGUACAGAGGUUUCCUUAAACGCAAUAACAGUUUACCAAUAAGAUUAAAAGCUACAAGUCUCUCUAGAGCGACGUCAUUUAGCAAACAUAAUGUUAAUUUAUUCUUCACAAAUUUGAAAACAGUCUAUAAUUCUCUAAGAGUGAAGCCAUGUGAUAUCUGGAAUAUGGAUGAGAUUGGGAUUAGUACUGUUCACACUCCUGAUCGUGUAAUUGCACGUCGUGAGAUGAAACAACUAGGAAAGAUAAUUUCAACUGAAAGAGAGACUCUCGUUACCAUGGCAGUUACAGUCUCAGCUAUCGGAAAUAUGGUCCCACCAUUUUUUAUAUUUCCAAGAGCCCAUUACAAAGCUCAUUUUAUACAAGAAGGCCCUCUUGAAUCUGCAGGUGAUGUCAAUCCAUUAGGUUGGAUGAAAGAAGAACAUUUUAUAAAAUAUUGUCAACAUUUUGUUCGUCAUGUUAGAUCAUCUAAAGAGAUGCCUAUUCUUCUUUUACUUGACAACCAUGAAUCUCACCUUUCUAUUGAGGCGCUGGAUUAUUUGAAAGAGAAUGGAAUCAUAGUUUUAUCGUUUCCUUAUUAUUGCAGUCAUAAGUUGCAGCCGCUAGAUAGAUCUGUAUAUGAACCUUUGAAAAAUUAUAUCAACACAGCAUGUGACAACUGGCUAACUAGUAAUCCAAGAAAAUCUUUAUCUAUAUAUCACAUUUCAAAAAUAAUAAAAACUGCAUUACCUCUCGCAACAACUUCAACAAAUAUUCAAGAAGGUUUCCGCGUUUCAGGAAUAUCUCCUUUAAAUGAAAAUAUAUUUCCUGAUAUUGAAUUCUUAGGAUCUAAUGUGACCGAUAGAGAAAAUACUUCUACUAUUAUCAAAGCUGAGAACAAUGAACUUCUUUCUGUCCAGGAAAAUGUCGAUCUUUCAGCUGUCCAGGAAAAUGUCGAUUUUUUAUCUGUCGAGAAAAAUAUCAGUCCAUCUUCGAUAUAUCAGGAUAUAAGACAUCUGCCAAAAGCGGAAUUGUAUCAAGAAAAAAAAAGAACUUGUAAACGAACUAAUGUAAUAUAUACAGAUUUGCUAGAAGAAGAUGAUCUCAUGGAGCAGAAGCUCGAUUGUCCAAGAAAAAAAAGUAGAAUCAGCAAAAAAGAAACAGAAAUCGAACAAAAAAGCAAGACAAUAAGAAAAGGAAAAAGUAAGAACAAGAUAAAUUCUGAUAAGGAUGUUAAAGCUAAAAGAGAUUCGUGUGCUGAUGAGACGAUGAAAGAUGACAGCAGAGUACAGGGAUUCAAAAGAGAAUUGGAAGCAGAUAAGAUUCUUGGCUCAGCAGAUGACAAUGGAAAGCUAAUGUACUUGAUGCAAUGGAAAGGAACAGAUGCAGUUGACAUGGUGUCUGCCAGUGAAGCCAAUGCCAAGUGCCCUCAAAUUGUUAUCCGAUUUUAUGAGGAGAGAAUAACUUGGAAAAGAGCAAAAGUAAAACUGUAAUAGAUGAGCUUCCUGAAAAAAGUCAACCUCCACAUUUUUUAAGAAAUUGACAGGGUUGGG